CUGUAUUUUCUCAUUUCAGACAACCUUCUGGCAAGAUUAUGUCAAUUUCUGAAGAUUUUUGCAAGACAUUUAUGACUGAGGAAGAAUGGAGACGUACAUUGAUUUUGUUACUAGAUGUUUUUGUGAAGUUUAAUGUCCAGGUAUAUGCUUUUGUUACAUAGCACAUGGAAAGCUAUAGUACUAAGUGCACACUUUCUAGGAUUAGAAAAAUUGAAGUGAAUUCUGAAAAAUCUCACGUGAAAGUGGUCCCAAAACUCAAUGCUUUUUCAUAUGAGAAAGGAGCCAUUUGUGUGUUAAUUUGUGGAAAUCAAUUUAGUUGGAAACACCACCUAAGAACUUGAAUGUCAGUUCACACAGGAGGGAGCCAGUUCAGAUUCUGUGAAUGUAGCCAAGCGUUAUACCAGAAACAAGUUCUCUUGAAGUAUAUUAAGUAUAUUAAAACUCACCAUGAAAAGAAGCACUAGAAGUGGGAAAGCUUUUCCCCAGGAAAUUCAUCCUAACAAUCAUAUGAGGGCUAACAUUGUGGGGAAUCCAUUCAAGUGUAAAUACUGUAGGAAAGGAUUUUCUCAGAAAACUCAUCUUGAAAGUCAUAUGAGGGAACACACUAUAAAGAAGCCAUUUAAAUGUAAUGAUUGUGGGAAAGCAUUUUCUGAGAAAACUUAUUUUGAAAUCCAUAUGAGGGUUCACACUGGAGAGAAGCCAUUUAAAUGUAAGGACUGUGGGAAAGCAUUUUCUCAGAAAGGUCCUCUUAACAUUCAUAUGAGGGUUCACACUGGAGAGAAGCCAUUUAAAUGUAAUGACUGUGGUAAAACAUUUUCUCGGAAAACUUAUCUUGAAAGUCAUAUGAGGCGUCACAUUGGAAUAAAGCCAUUUAAAUGUAAUGACUGUGGAAAAGCAUUUUUUCUGAAAGGUGAUCUUGUACGUCAUAUGAGGGUUCACACUGGAGAGAAGCCAUUUAAAUGUAAUGACUGUGGGAAAGAAUUUUCUCAGAGAACUAAUAUGAAAAGUCACAUGAGGGUACACACUGGAGAGAAGCCAUUUAAAUCUAAUGACUGUGGGAAAGCAUUUUCUAUUAAAGAUUAUCUUAUAAUUCAUAUGAAGGUUCACACGGGAGAGGAGAAGCCAUUUGAAUGUAAUGUUUGUGGGAAAGCAUUUUCUUGGAAAAUUCAUCUUGAAAGUCAUAUGAGGGUUCACACUGGAGAAAAACCAUUUAAAUGUAAUGACUGUGGGAAAGCAUUUUCUCAUAAAGGUCAUCUUAACAAUCAUAUGAGGAUUCACACUCACACUGGAGAGAAGCCAUUUAAAUGUAAUGACUGUGGGAAAGCAUUUUCUUUUAAAGAUUAUCUUAGAAUUCAUAUGAAGGUUCACACGGGAGAGAAGCCAUUUAAAUGUAAUGUUUGUGGCAAAGCAUUUUCUUGGAGACGUGAUCUUGAUAUUCAUAAGAGAAUUCACACUGGAGAGAAGCCAUUAAAAUGUAAUGACUGUGGGAAAGGAUUUUUUUGGAAAACUCAUCUUGAGAUUCAUGUGAGGGUUCACACGGGAGAGAAACCAUUUAAAUGUAAUGACUGUGGGAAAGCAUUUUCUCGGAGAGGUAAUCUUAAUACUCAUAAGAGAAUUCACACUGGAGAGAAGCCAUUUAAAUGUAAUGACUGUGGGAAAGAAUUUUCUCUGAAAACUCAUAUUAAAAGGCAUAUGAGGGUUCACACUGGAGAUAAACCAUUUAAAUGUAAUGACUGUGGGAAAGCAUUUUCUCAGAGAGGUAAUCUUAAUAUUCAUAAGAGAAUUCACGCUGGAGAGGAGCCAUUUAAAUGUAAUGACUGUGGGAAAGAAUUUUGUCAGAAAGCUGAUCUUGAACAUCAUAUGAGGGUUCACAUUCAAUCCAGGAUUAUAACAAAGAAGAGAUCAGGGCCUUUGGAAGAAAUGGAGAAGUUACUGGUCAUCUGGAUGGAGGACCAGAUACAAAAGUGUAUGCCACUCAGCCUCUUGCCCAUUCAAACAAAGGCGCACUUGUUAUUCGAGGAACUAAAGAAAAACUACGAUGAUACCUACUCCAAAGAUUUUGUUGCAAGCUAUGGAUGGUUUCAGCAUUUUAAAACCCGCCAUAAUUUUCAUAGUGUGAAGAUUAUCGGUGAAGCAGCAAGUGCUGAUGCCGAAGCAACUGCUAGCUUUAAAAAAGCAGAAGAGGAAGAAGAAAUUGAUGAAGAGCCAGAGCAAAAGUUUACGACAAAGACAAUGGCAGAGGCAUUUGCCUCUAUUGAACAUGCUAUGAAACUAUUUAGUAAAAUGGAUGUGAAUUUGGAACGAUUUACUAAAGUUGAAAAAGGUCUUCAAGACGUUCUUGCACGUUACAGAUUAAUUUAUGAAGAACAAAAAAAAAAACUAUGUAAGCUAUAAUGGAUCCUCUCCUCAAGAAAACGACUACAGUGCUAUCCCCUUCCACCACGCUUUCCACCAGAUUUGAGCCAAAGCCCACUUUAUCUCAUGAACUAACAGCUGAGAUGGAGAAAAUUGAUGAACCUGCUGCUCUAUCAUGGCCAUCCUCCUCUUCUGAUAUUUACUAGUUGAACAUAACCAUCAACAGCCUAACACCAUGAGCACAGUACACAAUUUUGUGUGUGUGUAUAAUGCAUUACCUCUUUUUAUACUGUAUUAUCAUAAGUCAUCCAGAAUUAGCUAAUAUUAAUAAUUAGAAAUAAAAAGAAUUAACAGGACUGCACAGUACAGUAUCAUAUAUGUAGUAUAUAGUACGGGCAGUUCCUGGGUUAUGACAGUCUUGAUAUUCAUCGAUCCAAUCUUACAACGCUUUUCAAAAAUAUUAAUAUAAAAUCUGGCUUGGACAUACACUGAAAACCUUAAGUUAUGCCACCAGGUUGGGCAGCAUUAGGCUAAGUACUAAAUGCAUUUUUUAUGGUAAAGAAUUAUUUAAUAAUUUCAAAUAUUAGAAUAUAAAUGUGUACAGCAAAAUAUCAAUAAAUUGUUAAAGUAAAAUUCUCUCUCUCUCUCUCUCUCUCUCUCUCUCUCUCUCUCUCUCUCUCUCUCUCUCUCUCUCUCUCUCUCUCUCUCUCUCUCUCUGAGAUAAGAGAGAGAUUUUUUAUGCAUGUGCAACAUGUAUGUAUGUUUAUUUGUUUUGUAUAGUAUUAUAGAUGAAUGUCACAUUACUUUCUCAUUCAGUUUUUCAUAUUUUCCAUGCUAUAAUUACAACUUUUUACAUUUCAAUAGCUAUGUAAUUUAUGGGUAUAUGAUUCACAUAAACUUAUCGUCACAGGCAUCCCUGAUUAUCGGCAUUCCGUUUUUACGUGACUUCUCUGGUGAUAAAGAUAACUGGAUUUUCAGUACUGACAUGCACUGAUCCGCUUAUCGGCACCAAUCCCGACUUAACAGAGCCACCAAUCCCAAGUUAUCGGCGCCGAUAGCCGAUGAUCAGCUCUAUUAUUGAUGAUUUUCAUUUAUUUGCAAUUUUUGGUUAUCAUCACACCAUCAGGAAGGGGGGACCCCCCCCCCCCCCGAUAACCGGGGACUGCCUGUAUUUCUUAUAAUGUACAGAUUUAGUGUUUUGAACUAUAAAAAUAGGCAGUUAUAAGCAUUUUAGUUUUAAGCUAUGCAGGUAUUGUUAGAAAAUUAUUUACUAAUUUUCAUGUAUUAAUAUUAAUGCAAACAGCAAAAUAUAAAUUAAUUAAGGAAAAUAUAGUAAAGUAGGUAAAACUUUCUUUUACUGUUACACAUAUGGAGAGAGAUGUAGGCCUAACUGUCAAUUAUCUUAAUAUAUUUAAGUGAAGGUUAUUAACAUAUAUGUGAAGGUUAGUACAUGGGCAAACUCUCUCUCUCUCUCU